GUAGCGGCGUGACGUGUCGCAUCUGAUCGGGUCUAGAGUUCGUGGGAAAAAGUUUUUACUGUGUUCUGCUGUAACUGGGAAUUUGCAAGAGUGACAAAAGUUCAACUUUAGAGUGACUUAAAGUUUGUGAAAAAAUUGUAGAGUUGGAAACUUCGAUCACGAGUGGAGGAAGAUUUGCAGAAAAAAAACUAACGCAUGACGAAACAUGGGAGGUUUAGGCAACAAUACCACAUUAUAUGACGAUAAAAACCUGAGUUUACCAGGAUUAGAAAUACGACCUGCAUUUGAAAUAUGGCCUAUAGAAAAAUGCAUCAGAUUGGCGAUAAUAGAUAAUAGCACUGAUCCAACAAAUCUCACUCAAAGUGAAUUUUUGUACAACGAUACUCGUCUAAGAUGUUGGGAGCACUCACCAGUAUUGAAAAAUGGGACAGUAAUAAGAGGGAGCGUGCUUUCAGUGAUAGCAGUAUUAUCGUUCUUUGGGAAUGUAGCAACUAUAAUAAGUAUAAGAAGAGGCAAGCGAAGCAGAGGUCGGGCAAGGCCGUCUUGGACGGCGAUAUACAGUUUAAUAUUUCAACUGAGCAUCGCUGAUUUGCUUGUGACAGUAUUUUGUAUUGGAGGGGAAGCCGGCUGGAUGUUUACAGUGCAGUGGUACGCUGGCAAUGUGGGAUGCAAGUUAUUUAAGUUUGUGCAAAUGUUCUCACUAUAUUUGAGUACAAAUAUAUUGGUGUUGAUUGGAGUUGAUCGAUGGCUGGCCGUUAAAUACCCUAUGAAGAGUAUUGGCACGGCGACGAGAAGUGGAAGACUAGUCAUUUUAGCUUGGAUUUUAAGUUUUGGAUUAAGUAUACCACAAACGAUAGUGUUUCAAGUAGCAAAAGGCCCUUUUGUUGAGGAGUUCUACCAAUGUGUCACGCACGGAGUUUACUCAGCGAAGUGGCAAGAGCAAUUGUAUACAACGCUGUCCUUAGUUUUUAUGUUCAUUCUGCCACUCCUGAUUCUGGUGUCGACCUACGUUUCUACUGUUCGGACAAUUGCUCAAAGCGAAAAAGUCUUCAAACCGGAAGUGAUAAGACACGAAAAGUACCUCACGCCAGACAUGAAUAGACGGAGACUCAUCGACCGAGCCAAGAUGAAAUCUUUACGGAUGUCCGUCGUUAUCGUGGCGGCGUUUCUGAUAUGGUGGACACCGUAUUACGUGAUGAUGAUUAUAUUCACAUUUCUAGAUCCUGACAAGAAUCUAAGUGACGAUCUCCUGAGUGGUAUUUUCUUCUUCGGGAUGUCAAACAGCCUGGUGAAUCCAGUUAUAUACGGUGCCUUCCAUCUGUGGCCCCGGAAGAAACCCUCACACAGACACAGUGACAGAGACUCUGGCGGACAUCCGGCGUCUCUGUUCAGACGUGGAGACAACACGUCAUCCGUGAGAUUGACUACGAUCAGGUCUAUGAGAUCCUCAGGCAAAUACACCAACGGAAACAAUGUUAGCUUAUUAUAAUUACGUAGAGGCAGUGAUUAAUACGCAGUUGUAAAGAGAACUUCGACUUAGCUUUAAUGAUCAGUAAAUACUAUGAUAAAAUCUACAUCUAAUUUAUGUAUUGUGUUAUUUUCCUUUUAUCAAUGUUAAGCGUAAAUUUUACUCCUUAGGUCUGUGUUGAAUUCUGAUCUAUUAUUAAGAGUUUCUAUUUAUAUUUAGUCAUUAUGCCAUUGAAUUUUAAUUUAAGUAUAAUCUUCUUGAAUAGGUAUAGCCUCGCUAAAGAUUUUAUUAUAAUAACGUCAGCAUUGCUGUAAUUUUAUAAGUACAUGGGUAAGUAUAAUAAAAAAAGAAAAUAUCUUCUUUAAUAAUAAUGUACGAAUAAAAUGUUAUUUGAUUGCAACAUAGGAUUCAGAAGUAAUGCUGUUGGAAUUAAAAUGUAAAUUUAAGUUGCUCGACCGCGUUUGAUAAUUUGAUAAACAUAUACGGUAACGGCUGGCCGCGGCACAGUAAUUAUCCCCUAGUGAAUCCCUGGUUUCAUUUUAUUACUUCCCGCAUAUUAUGUGAUUCUAUAUGAUUAUUCAAAUUAAAUCGUCUAAAAUGUAGCACGUCAUGUCUUUACUUCGACGAAAAUUAAGAAAUGCAUUUUACUUUUGAACUAAGCUUGAAUAAAAUAAAAGAGAGACUUUUAAUACUGCUCCAGUUGUUUGCUAACUUUGAUAGAUAUCACAAGAAUUAGAUACUUGAGAAGUUUCUUGGUCCUUGAUUUAUAUUACGAGCUUAUUACUUGUAAAAUAUAUUGUACUGUACGUAUUUUAAAUAUAAUAGUGCUAUUAUACAUAGAUUUACUUUACCUGUCUGAGCAACGAUGGUAAAUGUUAACUAACGAGUAAACAAAAUAAGUAAUUGCGACAGUUGCAACAGUUUGUAAAUAAAUAUAAUUAUUAUCUGGAAUAGAGUCGCUUAAUUUCAAACUAGGGUAAAUCCAUCUGUUAGAUUAUGCGAUUUUGGAAUUAAGAAAGGUAAUAGGGUAGAUAUUACUGAGAGGGUCGAAUGGAUUUACCCGAGUUUGUAGUUAAUUGCACACUGCCCGAUUCGAACCUCUAUCAAAAACGUCACUUUUGACACAGACGCAUCUAAUCCUUAUCGUUUCUACAUACCUAUAUAGAUCUAUUAAUUGACGUAUCUUAAAGUUCGAAUCGGGCAGACAAUUAUACUCUGAUUUAUUUUCCUUACGAUAGGACAUAGAUUACUGUACUGGGCGUAUUUUAUCACUGUCACAAGCGACGUUUGUGAUUGAAGAAAUGUCACUUUUGACACUGAAAAAUUAUCUAUAAAAAACCAGUCAAAUUCAGGAUACGUUUUUAGAUUAAAAAUGUGUAAAAUUGUUUCCUAUAUACAUCGACUAUUUUUAUGCUUAUUAUAUAUUCUGUAAAUAAUAAAAAUAAUGUGCUUAUUUAUGCAUUUAGCAUUGAAAUAAACUGAUAGACACUACGGGUCAUAACUCAAAGAAAUUAAAUGUAGAAAUUUAAGAACAUGGUCUGUCGUGUUGUAUAUUAAGUAUAUAUGAUUUUGUGUAAAAUGACUUAAGUAUAAGUAGCAUAAAAAUAAAUGUUUUGAGUAGAAACUACGUGGCAAAAUAUGUAUAAUGUAACAUAAUUCCUUCUUUGAAAUUUUUUAUAAUCUGUUACAAUUGUUGUUGUGAUGAACUGCCUACAGUUAGCAUCAAAUACCUAGACAGGGCAGAAUAUAUCGUAACACACCUUUCUUACCAUACAAAUAAGGACGUGUUCCGCUGUACAGUCAGCGUCAUAUAGUAGGUAGCAUCCAAAGAAUUCAAAUAGUUUCGGUACACCAUAUUAUUUGUAUGGCGUACCGAACUAAUUGAAUAAUUUGGAUGCUACCUACUAUACGAAGCUGACUGUACACGCUCCAUUUCAUUUUUUUUAAUGACAUACUAGGAAAUAUUACGUAUUAUCAGUUAAGUAAUGCUUAAAUUAAGUCUGCCGUACGAAUAUAUUAUGUACCUAAAUACGUUAAUAUUAAUUAAGAUAAAUUACUAUCAGCUAGCAGUAAGCUGAGCCUAAUCACCCGCGAUGGAAUGUGUAAUUUUCUCCCUUUGAACCCGUGGCUUCCUAAAAAUAAAAAUGCCUAGGUUGCUCAAUUAUUUAUUCCCGGGGCAAACAGCUUUCCACAUACCAAAAUUACAUCAACACCGGUUCAGAAGUCUAGUCGUGAAAAUUAAUAUACACGUGUUGAUAAAACAGAUAGGUACGGAGAUGAUUAUGUAAACAGCAUUAACAUUUUGAUAUUGUUAUUGCAACUGCAGCUCUAUUACUGUUGCGAAAUUAAGGUUGACUUACGCUAGACCGGGUCAGGGCCGGGCCGGACCUUCCGGCGCUUCGUUUUCUAUAGAAAACCACGUGAUCACCGAUCAGCCGUCCUAGAAAGGGACAUGUCGGACGCCUCGGCACGGGCCCGGCCCGGCCUAGCGUGAGUCAUCCUCCAAAAAUUCCAUACUAAAUUGUUGCCAUGUUUAAGCAUUUUACGUCAAAAAUCGUAACGGCAGUUACGUAGAAAGUAGCGCCCUGGACGAUUCUGACAGGCUGAUAUCGUCCGAUGAGCUGGUAAUCUGUGGGUUCCUUUAACUAACGUUGUAAUAGUAAUGCUGCUGCAGUCGUAAUGUACCUUUUUAAGUACUUAUGCAUUAUGCAAUAUAAAGGCGUGUAAAAACAAUAAUUCGAAUGAUGUAUUUCUACGAAAUCUAUGUGUAUCUAUUGUGAUAUAUAUUUUUAAGACCAGUAAAGAUUUUAAAACGUA